AACACUUGAACUCUCGACGAGGAGAUAAUAAUAAUAACCCUGAAUAUCUAACCUGGGUGAUGGAAAUCUUCAUUUCCAUUGUCUAACUGGAGAAUCACUAUUGGAUAUCCACUGACACUAGCAUGCCAUCAUUGUGGGUUGCAACGCUGCCUGUAUUAUUCUUGCUCCUCGGAAAAAGGUAACACAGCACGUCAACUUGAAGCUCCACCGGUCGACCUCGUUGUCCGUGUUUACCCGUGACUCAGCCUAGGUAGAAUCAAGUUGGAACCCCUCCAAGAGAUUUGCAAAGUGUCUUGAUCUGAUCAACUCUCAUCCUCUCUUUCGCCCCUGAGGGAACAUGUGUCUAUGUAUACGUUUUCUAUAGAGAACACUUAUUAAGAGACCCCCGCGAAACUCAUAACUCACAAUGGCUUCACUAUCGGCACUACGCUCAGCCUACCCAUGGGUCAAAACACCACUGAUCGCCUGCGCUCCGAUGCUUCGCAUCGCAACAGCACCAUUAGCUGUCGCAGUCUCUCGAGCAGGCGGCCUGGGGUUCCUAGCUGCGGGGUUCGACCUCUCAGAUCUGGAAGCGAAUCUAAAGCACUCUGCGGAAUUGCUCGCGAAAAUAGAUCCCCCAAUUGACCAGAGAGACAAGAAAGAUGUCCUCCCCAUCGGUGUCGGCUUCAUCAACUGGGGCGCAGACUUAGCGACAGCAGUUGCCGCCAUUAAACGAUACACACCUUGCGCCGUAUGGUUCUUCGCUCCGGCGUCACUACCUGGUGAUCUCAUCCCAUGGGCUGAAGCAAUCCGCUCUGCCACUAACAACAGGACCAAAAUAUGGGUACAAGUCGGCAGCGUAUCUGAGGCUGUUUCAGUGGCAGAGUCCUUCCAGCCCGACGUCCUGGUCAUUCAGGGCUCCGACGCUGGCGGACAUGGCCUCGCCCGCUCCUCCUCGGUCAUGGCCCUCCUGCCAGAAGUCAAGGAUACACUCCGGGAACGCAAUCAGGGCCAUAUUCCUUUGAUCGCGGCCGGUGGAAUCACAGAUGGACGCGGCUUAGCCGCGUCGCUCGCCCUAGGUGCUUCGGGAGUCGUCAUGGGCACUCGUUUCCUUGCGUCGAAGGAAGCCAACAUCUCACAUGGAUAUCAGAUGGAACUCCUCCGCGCUUCAGAUGGGGGUAUCAGCACGGUCCGUACCAAGAUUUACGACAAAGUUAGAGGUUUUACGUCUUGGCCUGAACGGUAUAAUGGACGGGGAGUCAUUAAUCGGACCUACGUAGAUGCGGUAGAGAAAGGCACGCCCGAUGAGGAGAAUAGGAGAUUAUACGAGGAAGAGGUCAAGAAGGGAGAUGCGGGAUGGGGUCCGGAUGGGAGGAUGACGACCUACGCCGGUACGGGGGUCGGGCUUCUGAAGGAUAUCCUACCGGCUGGGGAGAUUGUUAGGAAUACGCGACUUGAAGCUGAGCGGACGACUAAGAAUCUAGCUGCCGAACAGUACGACAAUUAAGUUGGAAGUCGGCAAUCCGAUAUUAUUUCACUAUGAUAAUAGUUUUGAAGGCCAUUCUAAUAAAAAGAGAAAUGUCGAAU